GACAAAAAAGCCAUUGUUUGGCAAAUUUGGCAACUUUUGUUGCCAAAACUUCGCUACUGAUGAAGUAGACGUCUCGAGGUUUCCGAUAGUGUCAAGCGAUGAAAUACUAGAGCUGAAGUCUGUUGCAGUGAAUAAAAAAAACGUCCCGCUCUACAAAACAGUGGAUGAACGUGUUCCAAAGCUGGGCAAAGUCCCACCAUCUUGAAAAUGUCAGCAUCGAAACAAUGCCGCCGGAAGAACUAGACAAGGUCCUGACAAAGUUCUACGCCGAAGUGAAAAAAAGGGACGGAGAUGAUUACGCGCCAGAAUCUCUGAAAAUCAUGCAAAGUGCAAUUGAACGUCAUCUAAAGGACAAGAACUAUUCACUGAGUAUCGUGCGAUCGAGAGAGUUCCAUAACUCACAAGAAGUUCUCAACGCGGCACUUUCUCUGCGCCAGCAAGGAAAGGGUAAGAGACCAAACAAAGCACAGCCACUAACACCAGACGAGGAAUCUGCCCUGUGGGAGAAAGGUCAGCUUGGGGAUUUCAAUGGAAAGGUACUGAUCAAUGUGAACUUUGAAAACCUGACUGAACACCUUGGCUUACACGGUCGCCAGGAACACUACGACGCGUACGUGGAGGACCUUGUGAUAAGACGGCAAGAAGACGGCACUGAAGUCGUAGGUUCAACCAAAGGUCCAACCAAAACAUGAAGCGGUGGUCUGUCAAUCAGGCGAAGAACUACAUCACAGGUUAUGUACAGCACCGACGGCGGAAAAACCGAUCCAGUGCGGCUCUUCAAGCUUUGGUUGUCUAAGCGACCCGAGGGAAUGAAGGCCACAGGGCCUCUCUAUCUGAGCGUCAUAAAUCGUCCUCAGUCACCAGAUGUCUAGUACACCAAAAUUCGAAUGGGACAAAACACCGUCGGCAAUAUCAUGAAAUCCAUGGCCUCCUGUCUCAAGACAGAUAAGAAGUUGACGAACCACAGCAUGAGGAAAACAUUGGUGUUAAAACAGAAUUCUGGUCAACCGCGCAAUGUCAUCUGCGAAAUAACAGGCCAUGCACGUGAAUCUUCCUUAGACGACUACGAUGAAAUAAAUGAGAAUCAAAGGACACAACCGUCUCACAUUAUCAGUGGAUAUAAAGAAGGGCAAAACGAAAAAUGUCCAAACGAGGUCUCCAACCAAACCAGUGCAAAUGAAGCCUCAAAUCAAGCACUUGCAGUCCAAGGCCAACGAGCACCACUGGCUCCUAUUCAUCACGUCUAACAACAAGGCCAAAUACAUCAGGCAAUGAUGGGCUUCAAUCCUGGUUUUUAGCCAGCUGGAUGUUGGGGAUUUCCACCAAGCUUUCCUUCGCAGUUCCAGUACCGCAUGGCAGCCUUCACUUCUUCUGGCAGCCCUGUUCCAUCGCUGAGUUACACAGGUUGCACGUUCAAUUUCUACUCCAAAGACGUCAAUGAGAAGUCAGAACCACAGAGGAAACAAAGGGCUUACACCAUUGAGUCGGACGACGAAGAUU